AUGAAGGGUCUCAAUGAUGCACGAAGGGUCUCACACGUACUUACACAACUAGAUGACUAUAAGUCACUCAUCAUGGCGCUAUCAGAGAACAAUGUCCCGCGUCUCCAGCAUAUUCUUACAGUCACACUCAAGAGAGGGUCUAGCAUCUGGCAGAUAAUCAAUACACUUGAAUAUUCCCUUGCUGGCGCUUACCGUCCACGAGGGUAUACAGGUGAUGAUCUUGAUAUGGCCAUAUUGGCAUACCGACUUGGUGGACGUGGACUCCUUCAUGCGUUUAGUCACCGCUUAGCUCUCCCAUCAUUAUGCACGUUA